UGAGAUUGAAUCACUCAAAGAAUAAAUUGAAGAAUUGAACGAUGAAAUAGCAAAAUUAAAAAGAAAGAUAUCAGAAUAGGAUGAUUAGAUCGAUUCACAAACUAAAACUAUAUCUAAUAAAAUUUCAAGAAUUAAAGAAUUAGAAGAUCUAACAAGAAAUUAAAAUAAAGAAAUUACCAGGUUCGAGUGUUGUUGUUGGUGGAAGAGCAGGAUAACCAGCAUAGGCACUACAAGGAGGAUCUGAUGUUAUCAACAAAUCCUUGGUCAAUUAAUUGUAAGGAGGUACAGGUUAACCAGGUAGUUUGGGAUCUAAAAGCUUAGGAUAAGGAGAUGAAUCUUAAAGUACUGUGUAGUUGAGUCAAUACCAAAAUGUUUUAUUGGCUUAUUUGUUGAUUGCUGCCGAAAAUGAAAGAAUUAGUGAGGCUUUGAGAAAUACAGUUUAAGAUUAUGAAUAAGUAUUAAAUGAUUUGAGAAAUGCUGAAGGAGAGAUCUCUUAUUUAAAGAAAUCUAUAUCUGAUUUACAGACUUAAAUUAAUGAUCUUCGAUUAUAAUUAGAUGAGGCAAGACGAAAGGCUAUGAAUAAUGAUGAACUCGAAAAACUAAGAAGAUAAUUAACAGAGUACGAGAAUAAAUUAGCCUUGUUAUCUAUGGAAUUGUAGAGAUAGAGAACAGUCUCUGGUUCAGGAGUAUAGGGAGCUUCCUAACAAUUUAUUUCUUAAUAAAAUACAUUUGGAUAUGAGGAUAAAUAGAUCAACUUUGAUUAAUAAUACAGGUCACCAAGAGGAUCACAAAGAAAUGUGAAUAUCAAUACCAAUGGUGAGGAUGAGUCUUGGAGGUUGAAGAAGAUAAUUGAAGAUUAAUUAUGUUUGAUAGUCCUUAUGUCAGCUGAGCUUGAAACCUUGAGAUCUUAAGAUACAUCUACUUAAAGACUGAAUUAAUCAGGAGUACAGAGAUCAACUAUCCAAACCAGUUAAGUUUAGGUUGGAUAUGGAAAAAGCACAAUAUAUUGA